AUGAAAAGCAGAUUAGUGAUUUUAUUCUGUGUGAUUGUAAUCCAGAUUGCGAAUUUAAUAUUUCUGGUUAGUUUUCUUCCCAUCAAAAAGUCUUCUUCUGGAUUUUCUGAAAAGAGGAGGGAUGCUGCCUUUACAUUGGAUCAGAGUUGUGGCCAAUAUGUUAAUCAAACUGAAAAUUACAGUAACUCAACGGCCAGGAAUCACGAAGAACAAGAAGGUUGCUACAUCAAACCACACUUUGAUCGUUUGGUCUUCAUCGUAUUAGAUGGCCUUAGAGCUGAUGUCAUAUUGAACUUGUUAGAAACCAACAUUCAAAAGUCUAACUUUCAUAAAAAUGAUGCUAAUAAUUUAGGGUAUUUGAAAGAAUUUUUAAAUGCAAAAAACACUUUUGUGUUCCAGUCAGUUGCUAGGCCUCCAACUGUCACACUUCCCGGGGUCAAGGCUCUAAUGACAGGCACAGUUAGUUCCUAUUCUGAUGUCAUUUGGAAUUUUGCAUCGGGUAAAUUGGAAGAAGACAACCUAAUCAGCCAGUUGAAGCUAUUGGGGAGAAGAAAUUUCUUUUAUGGGGAUGAUACAUGGUUGAAGUUGUUUGCAGAAGAUGUGUUUAUUUCGUCUGAUGGUGUCACUUCAUUUUUUGUUACUGAUUUUACUGAGGUCGACAGAAACGUAUCUCGUCACCUUGGUAAACUUUUCCAUGUUGAAGGUGGUAGAGAUUGGAGCUGGGAUUGUCUCUUCCUUCAUUACUUAGGCCUAGACCAUAUCGGGCAUCUCUUAGGGCCGCAUCACAUGCAAGCAAAUAAAAAAUUGGAAGAAAUGCAGGGUGUUAUUAAGUUCAUUAAAACCAGUUUAGAUGCCAAGGACAAAUCGGAUAAUAAGACCAGCCUGCUGAUUCUAACAAGUGACCACGGGAUGACUAGUUCAGGCAGUCACGGUGGCUCCACCCCUGACGAAUUAAAUACCCCUCUGGUUUUUCAUGCCGGCAGUUUUCUUAUGGAUAGUUCAAAGGUCAAAGAAGCGGGUGAUAAUCUUCUUCAGAGGGGUGAUUUUGGUUUGGCUGGAACAGUCGAUCAAGUCAGCGUGGCCCCAACUUUGGCCUUCCUCCUGGGGACAUCCGUGCCUAAAAAUAGUAUGGGCGUCGCCAUCUUUCAUUUGUUAAAAAUAUUCUCUGGUAACAAUGAAAAAGGUGCCGAAUUGGAUGAACUGUUGAAAGUCGCCUAUAUAAAUGGAGAACAGUUGUUAAAAGUGAUGGAAAAAAAUGUCGAUGGUUAUCAGCAUGACGUCUAUUACAAUGCAUACCUCGAGGCAGUUGACAUGCAUAGAACUCUCAUUCAACAAAAACAGCAACACCAACAAGAACUACAACAUCAGCAACUACAACAAAAACAACAUCUACUAGGGAUGUAUCAUCGAUCGUUAUUAGGAAUGAGUGAUAUUUUAGUUACUAGCAUGUCAAAUUAUGAUAUCUAUGGAAUGAACUUCUCAAUUGCUCUCAUGUUCUUCAUUUCAACAGUUCUAGCUAUCCUGCUCUACAAACAGUACAACUACAAUGACGACGAAGUUAUUUCCGUUUCAUUCCAUCUUUCCAUUUUUCCAUUGCUAUGGAAAUUUUUUGCGCUCAUUUCAUGCGUCGUCGUUCUACAUCUAUUUUUAUGCACGGUCAUUUUUUGCUCACAAAGUUGUCUACUCUGCUCCGAUUGGUUGAGGUUUUCAGGGGCCGUGUUUCUAUUGGCUGUCACUUUGGGAAUGGUUUAUUUUGUCUUUGCCGAGUUGCCUAGAUCACAUUACGACAAUUUUCCAAUCAAAUUUUUACAAUGUUUCGUGCAAAAAACUUUUAACCGUCUUCCAGGGAUGGCGUUAAAAAAGUCAAAUUCUUCAGACCUUCAGUUAAUAAACUCGAAUAUUGAAAAUUCAACAAAAUUAACAUCAAAAAUUUGGUUUUUGGUUGUCUUCAGCUGUUGGUUGCAAAACAUUCUCCUGCUAUCAAGUAGUUUUGUGGAAGAGGAACACAAUAUCAGUCAUUACGUCAUCAUUACGUCACUAAUGGCCUGGGUAGCGCUCUUACUAAGAAGUGGUUACUCCGUCCCUCGCGCCAGAUUUAACUCCAGAAUAAUUUUUUCAUUAGAUCUGUUGCUACUUCUGCUGGUGACGUGCCGAUUUGGAAAGUGUCUGAACAGUACAGGAGAUAAAUGGAAGGACGCCAGAGAUCUCAGCGACUGGCUAUCGGAGCCAAAUAACAAGAGAAUCUACUCUCUCUUCUUCACAAUUUCUCUCUCCAUAACUACCCUCAUCAUAUUAGUAUCUCUCUAUCAUACUUUCAUCUCGAAAAAAUGGGUUUUUUCGGUUUUAAAAUCGGUUUUCGUCCAAAAGCUUGGAGGGAUCGAUGAAGAUGAUAAAAAUUACAGUGCUAAUAAUGAUGAUGAUAACGAUGAAUAUGUUGAUGAUGAUAUCGAAGAAUGGAGUGAAUACCUGAAGGAGAGAGAGAGAGUGAAAAGAAGGAGUAGUACUGGCGGUUGUAGAAAGGGGAAAAUUCUUAUCUGGGUAAGGCUUGUGGUUCGAAAUAUUUUCUGCCUCGUCAUCCUUGCCAUGUUCGUCUCAUUUGCAUCCGUCGCUACCUUCAGAAGAGGAGAUUUCCAGAUCAGUUAUGAUAAUAGUAAUGAUGAUGGUGGUGCUGAUGAUGAUCGGGGUGACCGUUAUACAUAUAGCGAGGAGAGGCUAGAGAUGAUAAAGAUGAAAUUCCUCUCAGAUUCCAGAUCGAUACUAGCCUCAUCUGUCAUCAUCUCCCUAUUGCGCCCACUCAUUUCAUCGUCAUCAAUAUUUUUAAAAGUUGUUUGGCGGAUGUUGAAUUGUUUCGCGCCGAAUACUACUUCUCUCGUAAACUCGGCAGUGAUUCGCGUGUUUUUCGGAGUUAUAACAUUUGUUAAUAGUUUAAAAUUUGUUAAGAGUAAGUUUAGUAAAAUGAAAUUUAGUAAAAUGGUGGAUAGAUUUCAGAAUAAGUUGCCGAUGCAGUCGUCCGGUGAACAAUUUUUGGUGAUUAAGAUUGCUUUAACUUUAGUGGUCUUGCUGACUUUUAAAUCUUUCAAUGUUGUAUUGCUGGCUCUUUCGUGGUUUGCUGCAAUUGUUUUGAGGUAUUUGCUUAGGGUCACUUGUGAGGAAGUGCUUUUUUCGUCGUCAUCAUCUUCGUCGUCAUCAUCUUUAUUGUUUGUUAGUUCAGUCACUAUAUUCUACUAUUGGAUGGGUAGAGCCUUUUUCUUUUAUCAGGGCAACUCCAACAACAUCACCACCAUCGACGUGACGGCUGGGAACGUCGCUCAAGUCGACUACAACCCGCUGAUAGCUACAGCUUUAACAUUCAUCAACACGUAUUACUUCAAGCUGUUCUGGCUGCUAUCAGCUCUAGAAGUUAUAUCUACAUUAGAAUCAAACCGUAAGAUGAUUGAGAGGAAAAGGUUUAUAGCUGUGGUGACUCUUUUAGUCUUUGGAGCUCUGGCGAAUGUAUCUUAUUUGAUUGUGGUUUUUCUUAUGAGAGAACAUUUAUUCGUCUGGAGUGUGUUCGCGCCGAAAUUGUUGUACGUGGCGAUGGAAGGCAGUGUUGUAUCUUCCAAAGAUCGUCAAGUGUUCGCCAUUCCGUGGGUUCAAGAUUUCCGAUAG